GCUAUCCACCUUCACUUGGAACUACUCGCCAUAAAUUAAAGACAAUGAAUCCAGCUUUCUUGCAGAUAAUAAUAUACAAUACAUAACGAAAGAAACCCAUUUAGAGUGGUAGCUUCCCCAUUCUUCAGGGUCUAAAUCUUAUACCAACCAACUGUGAACUGUUUUUACGCGUAGGGGCUAACUUUUCAAAUUUUUUUUUUUUCUUUUUAGCUUUCUUAUUCUAUUAGGAUGGUAAUGUUGUUCAGCUUCUUUUAGACUCACUUUUUUUCUUUAUAAAUUAAGAAUACGCUCCUUCUGUUUUUCUCAUACUAGCCACCUAAAAGAAAAAGCCCAUACACACAUAUAUACCAACCUUUUGCUAACCGGCGCCUCUGCACAUACACAAUGGAUAGUAUAGAUAUGGAUAAGGAAAGAUUGACGGCUGAAAUGGCUUUCAAAGAUUCUUCCUCUGCCGUUAUCAAAAUCCGGCAGCGUUUGCCGGACUUUCUACAGUCCGUGAAGCUCAAGUACGUAAAAUUAGGUUAUGGGUAUUCAUGCAAUCCUGCUACUAUACUCUUGUUUUUCAUAAUCCUUCCGUUGUCCAUUUCUACACUUGUUCAAAUCACUGGUCUUGAACCAGACCUGGUGUACGCGUUGUGGAAGAAAAGAUCCCUCCAUGAGAUCGACGCGGCCACUAGACUGGCCGGUUCUGCUUUGUUGCUAGUCCUUCUGGGAGCCUACUGGGCAAUGCGGUCCAGAGCGAUAUAUUUGGUCGACUUUGCUUGUUACAAACCAGAAAAUGAACGCAAGAUGUCGAUGGAGUCGUUCAUUCAAAUGACAGAAGAAGGCGGGUGGUUUAAAGAUGAGAUAGUUCAAUUCCAGCGAAAAAUAUCGAUGCGGUCAGGAUUAGGUGAUGAGACGUAUUUCCCAGCAGGAGUAACAUCUAAACCACCGAAUUUGUGCAUGGAGGAAGCCAGGAAAGAAGCGGAGUCAGUCAUGUUCGGAGCAUUAGACUCACUUUUUGACAAAACAGGAGUUAAACCAAGAGAUAUUGAUAUUCUCAUCGUCAACUGCAGCUUGUUUAACCCGACUCCUUCACUUUCCUCAAUGAUAGUCAACCAUUACAAGCUUAGAACAGAUAUCAAAAGUUACAAUCUCGGUGGAAUGGGAUGCAGUGCAGGACUUAUAUCUAUUGACUUAGCUAACGAUCUUCUCAAAGCAAAUCCAAACUCUUAUGCAGUUGUCGUGAGCACAGAAAACAUAACUCUCAAUUGGUAUUUUGGUGAGGAUAAGUCAAUGUUGCUGCCUAAUUGCUUAUUCAGAAUGGGCGGUGCUGCUGUUCUCCUUUCGAACAAGGCACGUGAUAAAGGUCUGUCUAAGUACCAAUUAGUCCACACAGUUCGCACCCACAAAGGAGCAGAUGACAAACACUAUCGAUGUGUUUACCAAAGAGAGGAUGAUAAAGGUACCGUUGGAGUUUCAUUAGCCCGUGAAUUAAUGGCAGUUGCUGGAGAUGCAUUAAAGACGAACAUUACUACAUUAGGUCCUUUGGUACUACCUUUAAGUGAGCAAUUUAUGUUUUUUGUCACUCUUGUUAGAAGAAAGCUCUUGAAAGCAAAAAUAAAGCCUUAUAUUCCCGAUUUCAAGCUUGCUUUUGAGCAUUUCUGUAUACAUGCUGGUGGUAGAGCUGUUCUCGAUGAGUUGCAAAAGAAUUUGCAACUCAGUGACUGGCAUAUGGAACCAUCAAGAAUGACUUUGCAUAGGUUUGGCAACACUUCAAGUAGCUCGCUUUGGUAUGAAUUGUCUUACACAGAAGCUAAAGGUAGGGUAUCAAGAGGGGAUAGAGUGUGGCAAAUUGCAUUCGGCUCAGGGUUCAAGUGCAAUAGUGCAGUUUGGAAAGCGCUAAGGGCCAUUCCUUGUGGGGAAUCAAGGAGCAAUCCAUGGGCUGAUUCCAUUGACAGGUAUCCGGUAAAGGUUCCUGUAGCUUGAUUAAGUUGUUGAAUUUUUUUCAAUCUAGUAGCCCUGGUGGGCAUUGUAUUACAGGACUUUGACAGGCCAUAACCUGAACCGGUGUCAUGGAUGCCGGUCGUAGUCCCUUCUGUUCUUUUUAAAUCACUCAGCGUGAGCCCUUUUGUAUUAACACCGAUUCCACCCUUGUUGUCACAAAGUGAUAGAAUUUCAUAACUAUCUUGAAUUAUAA